AUGGAAGAAACAAAAACUGAACCAAAAGGUAACUCAAGAAGAGACUUCUUGAGGAAGAUCGAAACUGAGAUGCAAGCUAUCUGGGAUGAAAAGAAGGUUAACCAAGCUGACGCACCAGAGGAUUAUAGCUCCAUGAGCUUUGAAGAGAAGAACAAAGGCAAGUUCUUUAAUACCUUCCCAUAUCCAUACACUAAUGGAAGGCUACAUCUUGGUCAUGCUUAUUCUUCUUCGAAGAAUGAGUUUGCAACAAGGUUUGAGAAGAUGAGAGGGAAGAGAGUGCUGUUCCCAUUCUCGUUCCAUUGCACGGGAAUGCCAAUAGCAGCAGCUGCCAAGAGAUUGGUGCUUGAGAAGAAGUUUGCUGAAGAAGAAAAAUCAGCAAAAGUAGACAAAUCAAAGACACAGAGAGGUAUCCUUGAAAGUAUGGGAGUUCCAGAGGACGAGAUUGAUAACUUUGAAGAUCCUGAGUACUGGCUUGACUACUUCACACCUAAGGGAAGAGCUGAUCUUCAGGUGCUUGGACUCAAUACUGAUUGGAGAAGAUCUUUCAUCACCACUCCUAAGAAUCCUUACUAUGAUUCGUUUAUUAGAUGGCAAUUCAAUUUGUUGAAAGCCAGAGACAAGGUUGUUUUCGGUAAGAGACCAGCUGUGUACUCAGUUCUUGACGGACAGCCUUGUGCUGAUCAUGAUAGAUCUCAGGGUGAAGGUGCUGUCCCACAAGAAUAUACCGCAGUUAAACUCAGAGUCAUCGAGCUACCAGAAGAACUCAAAGAAUAUGAAGACAAAGACUUGUUCUUGAUUGCAGCCACAUUGAGACCAGAAACAAUGUAUGGCCAGACCAACUGCUUUGUGCUACCAGAUGGAAACUAUGGAAUAUUCAAGAUGCCAGGUGACCAAUACUUCAUCAUGGCUGAGAGAGCCGCCAAGAACAUGGCUUAUCAGGAUCUCACUGAAGAAUUUGGUAAAUAUGAACAAGUUGGCAAAGUCAAGGGAUCUGUGUUGAUCGGAACCCCACUGAAAGCUCCAUUGUCAAAAUUUGAGAAGAUCUACACUCUUCCAUUGCUGACCAUCUCAAUGAACAAGGGUACUGGAGUUGUGACUUCAGUCCCAUCAGACUCCCCAACAGAUUAUGCCACUUUGAUGGAGUACAAAAACAAAGCUGACGUUAGAAAGAAGCUAAAGGUUGAGGAAGAGUGGGUCAAGGACUAUGAGCCAUUCCCAAUCAUUACUAUUCCUGGUGAAGAAUCUAAAGAAGAAGGUAAAGAGGCUUUGUCAGAGCCGAUUGACAUGAUAGCUGUGGACUUGUGCAAGAAAAUGAAAAUUAAAAGCCAGAAAGAUGUAAAGAAGCUUGAAGAGGCCAAGGAUAUUGCUUAUAAGAAGGGAUUUAACCAAGGAGUCUUUUCGUAUGGAGACUUCAUUGGAGAAAAGGUCUCUGUCGCAAAGGAUAAGGUUAAGGACAUGCUUGUUGAGACUGGAGAUGCUCUUAUUUACUUCGAGCCUGAUAAGAAGGUUAUCUCAAGAAGUAAGGAUGAAUGCAUUGUUGCUAAAGUUGACCAAUGGCUUUUGAAAUAUGGAGAAGAAGAUUGGAAGAACUUUAUUAAGGAGCAUGUCACAUCUGACAACUUCAAUGCUUAUACAAAGACUACACAAAAGUCAUUCGAAGAUAUCAUCGAGUGGUUGAAGCAGUGGGGAUUCUCAAGAACUUUUGGUCUUGGAACCAAGGUCCCAUGGGAUGAGCAAUAUGUAAUCGAGUCACUCUCUGACUCUACUAUUUACAUGGCCUACUACACAGUUGCUCACUUGAUUCAGGGAGGUGUUAUGGAUGGAAACACUCCAGGACCUCUCGGAGCUAAACCUGAAGACUUCAACGAUGCUGUGUGGAGCUACAUUUUCCUGGAUGGAGAAUAUCCAGAAGGAUGUACUAUUGCUCAAGACAAGCUUGAAUUACUGAAAAACGAGUUCAAUUACUGGUACCCAAUGGACUUGAGAUGCUCAGGAAAAGACUUGAUCGGAAACCACUUGGUGAUGUGCUUGUAUAACCACGCUGCCAUCUGGGAGAAGAAAGAAAUGAUGCCAAGAAGCAUGUUCUGUAAUGGAUAUAUGCUUCUUAAUGAUGCUCCAAUGUCUAAGAGUGCAGGAAACUUUAUGACAAUUAUUGACUCCUGUCAUAACUACUCUGCAUCAGCGACCAGAAUGACCCUUGCUGAUGCUGGAGAUACUCUUGAUGAUGGUAACUUCAGAGAAACUGUAGCAAAUGCUUCAAUCAUGAAGCAAUUCGUUCUUGGAAAAUGGAUCACCGAAGAAAUUUCCAAAAUCAACCUUGAAGAGCUUGACUGGGAGAAAUAUGGCGAAGACUUUGACAAGUAUGACAAGUUCUUUGAGAACGAAAUGAACAGAAUUAUCGAGAAAACCUACCAAAUGUACCACGAAAUGAAGUACAAGCUAGCUCUUAAAUUCGGAUUCCAUGAACUACAAGGAAUGAGAGAUGAUUAUGUUUUGUUUAAAAAGGAUACGUUGAAUCCUCACUUGGUACUGAAAUUCAUUGAAGUCCAACUGUUGAUGGUGUUGCCAAUCAUCCCUCACUUCUGUGAGUACUACUACCAGAAAGAGUUCUUGCCAGCAAUCUUGAAGACGCAGAACCACAGAGAAUACCCAGAGCUGAUCGUGAACUGCAGAUGGCCAGAGAAGACUGCUGAUUAUGAUAUCAACCAGGGGAAGAUCUUUAACUUCAUUAAGUUCUGCAAGCACGAUUUCAUUGUGAUGCAAGAUAAGAUGACCGGAUUCAGGAAACAACAGAAGCAAAAGCAAAAGAAGGGCAAGAAAGCCCAAGAGGAGAAACCAGAAGAGACAGUAGAGAAGAAGACUUAUGAUAACUGUAUUGUAUUCUACGCAAAGACAUAUCCAGAAGAGCAAAAGAUAGCCAUCAACGCCUUGCAUGAGAUUGGAUAUGAUGACGAAUGGAACCUGAAGGAGAAACCAAUCGCUCAGUUGAAGGCCCAGUUUAAGGACAAGAAGUCUCUAGGAAAGGCUAUGAAGUUUGCUGCCUUCUUGAGUGAUGAGGUCAAAGAGAAAGGAUCCCUAGAUCCUCUUGACUUGGAGAUGCCAUUUAAUGAGAAGGAGAUUAUUGAAGAGAAUGCUGACUUCAUCUUCGACAAGAUCACUGCUACCAAUAUUGAGUACAGAGAGAAGGAAGAGGGAUGAGAUAUUGAAGGAUCAGCCAACAGUAUUUCUGCUGCUGUACCAGGAAAGCCAUCGGUAUUCUUCUAUUAA